AACAACUUAUCUUACAGACUUACAGUCGAAAAACAAAGAAAUUAGAAGAGGAAAAAUUAAGGAUGGCUAGGUCAUGGGGUGGAAUUUUGGCAUUGAUGCUGGUCCUAAUGGGUGUUUUUCAGCCCCUCGUUGUGAAAGGGGACUUGAACCCCAGCGAGUGCAAGGAGGAGAGGAGGCUUCUAGUGAAUGCCUGCCGGCCGGUCAUAUUCGGCCGCAGCCCCUCGCCGGACUGCUGCCAGCGCGUGAGGGUCAUGCACGUUGAGUGUGUCUGCCCCGUCGUCACCCCUAAACUGGCGGCGCUCAUCGGAGUUGAACGCACCAUUAAGCAGAUUGAAGCCUGCGGCAGGACUGUUCCCCACCACUUUAAAUGUGGAAGCAUCACUACUCCAUGAGAAUGGCAAUCCUACCAUACGAUAUGAAGACUAAAUAAAAGCCUAUUAUAAAUCCAAGAAAAGAUACCGUGAGAUCCUUCUCUUGUUGUAUAUUUUGGGCGUGGUUGAAGUUCCGCCCACAAUAUUAUUUUAUAAUAAAAUUUUAUAAUAUUUACUUGUAACAUGUGAUAUUAAAUGAAUUGUGACAUGUUGUUCAAAAAAAAAAAAUGAAUUGUGACAUAUCAU